UUGGUUGACUGGUUGGUUUGAAAGCUAUCGCGAGAAAUGGAAGGGGUAUUUUUUCAUGACAUUUGAGCAUAAUCUUCCUUUUGCUGUAGCCAGAAAUACUUUAUGCAGCCUACAACAAGCAUAUUAAUUAUAUUUCAUAGUCUUCAUACAGUAGCAAAAUGGCCAAGGUAGAACUCACACCGCUGAGACCCUGGGACGAUUUCUUCCCAAGUUCUGACCGAUUUGCUAAACCAGACGUGAGAGAUUUACCUAAAUGGAACAACAGGGUUGUCAACAACUUGCUUUACUAUCAGACGAACUAUUUGGCGAUGGCUGUCAUGGUUUUCCUUAUUGUGGGGUUCCUGAACCCUAUGGAGAUGUUCAUGGGCAUGGCGGUGGUGUCGUUGGUCUUCCUGGGCUCAGUGUGGGCUGGAGAGAAUAAGGCCAUGAUCAAGGACUUUAAGAGGCAGAACCCCACAUUAUUUGUCAUGGCAGUGAUGCUUGCCAGCUACUUCCUCAUGUCUCUCUUCGAUGGCGUCAUGGUCUUCAUAUUUGGGAUCACGUUUCCUCUUCUCUUGAUCUUUGCACAUGCCUCAUUUCGCCUUCGCAACAUGAAGAAUAAACUGGAGAAUAAAAUGGAGGGGGUGGGGCUAAAGAAGUCACCAAUAGGUAUUCUACUGGAUGCACUGGGCCAGCAGGAAGAGAGUCUGCAAAAGAUCCAAGAAUUCCUGGAAGGAAAACUAAAGGAAGGAUGAGAACUCCACACAGACACAGUCCCUGUGUUGUCGUAGGUCCCCUAUCAGCCUCCUUGGCCUCUGACCGGAUGGGAAAAUAUUCCUUUGCACACCCCCUUUUAACGUGCAGUCUCAUUGCAUGCAGUCAAUGUUGAAUAGGAAUGAUUGUAAUACAUCUCAGCUUGUUUGAAAACUUCAGCUAGAAACCGUAUUGCCUAUUGCACAUGCAAGUGUAUGUGUGUUUAGACUAGAGAACAUAAUUGCACAUGCAAGUGUAUGUGUGUUUAGACUAGAGAAC